AUGUCGAGCCGGACCAGUCGUGCCUCGGCGUGCCUUGCCGAGCCGAGGCCCAUCAAGCCCACGCUCACAGCGGAAACGGAGCAUUUCCUUCCUGGAACAGCGCAGCAGCAAUCCAGCUCCGGGAAGGCCUUCGCGGGGGGCAGGGCGCAGGCUUCCCCCUCCCCCGCCUCCGCGUACCGCCAUUCGCGGACCAGCCUGUCGGUUGCCACCGGUGGGGAGCAGCAGCUCAUCACGGCGCAGGAGCCGGCCCAGAAACCUGAUUAUGAGGUGGUUAGCAUUCACCAUGUUGGAAUUCUCUGUGAAAAUCUUGAAAGAUCAAUGUCGUUCUACAAGGACCUCCAUGGUCUUAUGGUGAAUCCAGCCAGGCCAACUGACAAGCUGCCGUACAGAGGCGCUUGGCUCUGGGUUGGUUCUGAGAUGAUCCACUUGAUGGAGCUGCCACAUCCUGAUACAUUGACAGGACGCCCUGAGCAUGGUGGACGCGAUCAUCAUACCUGUAUAGCAAUUAAAGAUGUAUUGAAGCUGAAAGAAAAAUUUGAAAAAGCUAGUAUAUUUAUGAAUCCUUAUUUUCCUUGUCUGCUAGUUAUACAAUACACUGGCUGCGAUUGAUAACCAUCCUUUUUUUGUCUAAUUGUCCCUCAUUGCUAAAUAUGAUUAUGUGAUAUGAUCUUUGUUGCGUUGAUUA